AUGCCGAUGGCUGAUGACGCCAACAAUGAUGACACCACUGCAGAGGAACAGGCCAGCCACCAUGUGAAGCUGCACGAGUACUGCUCGACCGACGUCGACAACAUGGUCCAACGACACAUCCAUCUGGCCCCUUUCUCCCAGUCUCUUCACUUCGGUCAUUGA